AAAAAAGGAAAAAGAAAAACCAUUGGUGGGGAGUUUGGGUCAGAAGCCCCAGCUCUUUCAGCAGCUUUCCUCUCUCCCCCAAACUCUCGCAGCUUCAAAAUUCAAACUUGAACACACUCUCAUCAUCCCAGCUACCCCAGAAAUCAAACUGAAAAAGGGAAAUGGACGUUAAGGAUGAGGUUGAUGGUCUAUUGAGCAGAAGCAGCGAUGUUGCUACUACAAAAGAUCGCCGUGUGGGUUUGAUAUAUGAUGAGAGGAUGUGUCAACAUUACGCGCCUGAUUACGAGGAUCAUCCAGAAUGUCCUGAUCGCGUUCGGGUCAUCUGGGACAGGCUGAAUUCUUCUGGUCUUGCGAAAAGAUGUAUUAUUUUGAAUGCCAAGGAUGCAGACGAUAACCAUUUAGCUUUGGUUCACACCAAAAAUCACAUUGAUUUGAUUAAGAAUAUUAGUUCUGAACGCUCUGAAUCCAGGAGAAAAAGAACUGCUGCCAAAUUUAACUCUAUAUAUUUCAAUGAAGGCUCAUCAGAAGCUGCUUAUCUUGCUGCAGGAUCUGUCAUAGAGGUUGCAGAGAAAGUUGCUGAAGGGAAACUCGACUCUGGAUUUGCUAUUGUCAGGCCCCCUGGGCAUCAUGCAGAAGAAGCUGAACCAAUGGGAUUUUGCCUAUACAAUAAUGUUGCUAUAGCGACAAGUUUCCUAUUGAAUGAAAGAAGGGAAUUGGGGAUCAACAAAAUCCUGAUUGUUGACUGGGAUGUGCAUCAUGGAAAUGGCACUCAGAAGAUGUUUUACAAAGAUCCUCGAGUACUUUUCUUCUCAGUGCAUAGGCAUGACUUUGGGACUUUCUAUCCAGCUGGUGAUGAUGGUUCAUAUAUCAUGACUGGAGAAGGUCCUGGUGCCGGAUACAAUAUUAAUGUCCCUUGGGAGAAUAGUAGGUGUGGGGAUGCUGACUAUCUUGCUGUUUGGGACCACAUAUUAAUCCCUGUUGCCCAGCAAUUUAAUCCUGACAUGAUAAUAAUCUCUGCUGGAUUCGAUGCAGCCAUAGGGGAUCCUCUUGGGGGCUGUCGUGUUAGUCCAUAUGGGUACUCAAUCAUGCUUGACAAGUUGAUGGAGUUUGCUGGAGGAAAGAUUGUUAUGGCACUUGAAGGAGGAUACAACCUUAAAUCAUUAGCAAAUUCAGCCCAGGCAUGCGUUGAAGUAUUGCUACAAGACAAGCCUGUUAUUGGGACCUUGGAGGCCUAUCCUUUUGAAUCUACAUGGCGCGUGAUACAAGAGGUACGCCAACAAUUAAGUGCAUAUUGGCCGAUACUUGCUGUGAAAUUAUCAGACAAAGUGAUCGAUAGGAGAAUAACUCAAAUUGAGUUCUCAAGCUCUGAUUCUGAUGAUGAUGAGCAUGAGCAUACUCCUUCAAUUGCAUUGGAUGGCUUCAAGACUGUUGAUGAUGUUAUACAACCUUUUGUGAAUCUGAAAGUCAGUGAAGAUGGUCAAGAUCAAGAAGCCACUACUUGGAGAUCAGAGCUUUCCAAAAUUAACAUUUGGUAUGCAACUUAUGGAUCAAACAUGAGCAUAUCAAGGUUUCUCUGCUAUAUUGAAGGUGGACAGACAGAAGGGAUGCGAAAGCCAUGUGUGGGUUCUGUGGACAAAACCAAGCCCAAAAAGAUUAUCUGGAAGACUUUCCCUCAUCGUCUAUUUUUUGCUCGUGAGCGUACAUCUACGUGGGGUCCUGGUGGUGUUGCUUUUUUUCAUCCUAAAAGUAAUGAUCAGGAGAAAACUUAUAUGUGCCUGUACAAAAUUACGCUGGAGCAAUUUAAUGAUGUGUUGCUUCAGGAGAAUGCUUCAAGCUACAACAUGAGUCAUCCUUUAUUUGAUAUGACUGCGUUACAGAGUAUACAAACUGAAAAGUGCAUCUCAGUGGAGCCUGUCCAGAGAGGCUGGUACCAUAAUGUUGUUUACUUGGGGAAGGAGGAAGAUAUUCCAAUUCUCACAAUGACGUGCACUGCUUCGGAUGUUGAUAGCUUCGUAUCUGGUAAAUUCCCAAUAAAUCCACCAUGCAAAGAGUAUGCUAAUACCUUGAUCAAAGGGCUGGUCGAAGGAAAGCAACUCUCGGAAGAGGAAGCCUCAGCUUACAUACACGAAGCAUCUACAAAACCUUUGUGAUUUCAAUGUAGUGUUGUCCGGUAGAAUUAUUUGUCUAUGAAUGAUUUCAUUUAGUAUUUCUCCUAUGCAAUUCUUGGCUACCAUGUAAUCAUAGCCAGAUACUGGAAGUUCCAUCGGUAGGUAGCGUUCAGUGUUGUUUGAACUUGGCUGAACUGUUAUUGAUCCUCACAAUAACUAGACGGGUUUUUUCUUAUAUGCAUCGGGUGUGACAGUUACCAAGUAGAAUAUUAAGCGACGUUAUAGUGAUCCACAGUACGUUCAACAGGCGUAGGUCGCAGCAUCUGGUGCUUUUAAAUCCAGUGUAUAUAAGAACUAUCUGUUUAGUUGAUGGUGUAUAUAUUUUGGCUGUCUGUCAGACUUUUAUCUUUUUCA